ACCGGAAAAAAGCAAAAAUGGCUCCAUGGCGGUGUUUUCCAUUGUGACUUCGCUGUUUGCUGAAGUGGUUUUAAGGCAAGGAUUUGUGCUUUACGUUGAGGGAUGUUUUGUAAAGGUGCUCCUGGUCUGUCCGCUUUAGCCAAAGUAUAAACCCACAUUACGCUGUAUUUGAGAGGAGCAGUGAUGGACGAGAGACAGGGCAGCAGCAGUGAUGACCCCUUCUACAGUCCCCGGAUGGAGGCUGACCCUCCGGACUCCCUCAACAACGCCUGUUUACUGAAUGACAGCGAUUACCUGUUUGAAGAGCCUGGACUUUCUGACGAAUUGUCCAACACUUUUGUUCCUGAGACUCCUAGCCCUUUGACUCAUAGAAGAAAACGACAUCCCCAAAAAGACGAAGACAAAACUGUGGCAACAUCGACCUGUUCAUAUGGAAGAAAGUGGGAGAGACCGGAGCACACACCAGGAUACCUCAACACCACUCCAAGCUCACAGAGAACAAUGAAACGGCGCAAGCUGGAAAACUUUAACACUACUCAUUCCAGCAUCACCCCUCAAACAAACGGCUUUGUUCCGGCCUCUUCUCUGUUACCCUCUGAUUUCAAAUGGCUUGAGUCUCCACGUCCAGCAGCCUCCUCUGCAUCUUCCAAGCCCUCCUCCUCAGCAGGAUCUUCCACAAGUCCACUGGAUCAAACUGCUGAUCUGACAUAUUUAAAUGAGCUGCUAGCGACGGGUCGUGCUUCUAUGCAGAAGACAAUAAACACCAGCAACAGCAGGGAACAGAGACGCAAAAAGACCAGAACUAAAACCUCUAAAAGUUCAUCAGCACACUCGACUGCAUCCGCCAUAGAGGAUGAAGAUUUACUGCUGGAUUCAGCAAAGCAAAUUCAUGGACCAGCAAGUUCGCCAUCUUUCCUGAUACCAGAUGAUGUUGUCAUCAUAGAGGAUGAUGCUGCUGCUGAUGAUGUCAUGGUGGUUCGCUCUGUUCAGAUGGCUGAGGAUGAAGCAUACGCCAGAAGCCUACAGGAACAGUUUGACAUGGAGGAGCGAAUCGAGCAGCAGCAGAGACAGUCCAGUACAAACCACCACAACCAUAACCAUGUGGUUGACCCGUAUGUGGGUUUGGGCUGGAUCUCUCCGUGGGCCUCAAUGAUCAGCUCUUCAUCUUUCACACACAACCCGUCCGAGCUGUCAGAGCUGCAGCAGGUCAUCUUUGGAGAGCAGCCGCGCAGACAACAGGGCCGACGUCAACCAGGCCGAACUCGAGCUUCCCGCCACAGACCUGCUGCUCACCUGCAGAUGGACUUGUUUAAUGACAGCCAGGGAAAUAAUUAUGAGGCUCUGUUAGCGUUUGAGGAGCAGCAGGGUGCUGUAAUGGCCAAAAACACUCUGAGCAAGGCUGAGAUCGAGCGGCUGCCCAUCAAAACAUACGAUCCCACACACAGCGCAGGAAAGACGGACUGCCAGAUCUGUUUCAGCGAGUAUAAAGCGGGUGAACGGCUCCGGAUGCUGCCAUGUCUCCAUGAUUACCACGUCAAGUGCAUCGACCGCUGGUUAAAGGAAAAUGCCACUUGUCCGAUCUGCAGAGCGGAUGUAUCGGAGUGCGGUGGUUUUUCUUGAGCGCUCAGUUUCAGGACUGAUAUCUACCUCACAGUUGGUCGUGUUUUAAACAGUCUUAAUUUAAGUGUUAACUAACGCUUUUUAAAUGUCAUAUCGUCCCACUUAACCAGCGUAAACCACUGCCAAGUCAACAAUUUAUGUAUACAUUUUCUUUAAAAACAGACAGACGCUAUCAUAGCAGUGGCCACAAACACUGUUAGCAAUAGCGAAACUCGUAUUUGUUUUGACUUUGAAAUAAAAAAAUCACUACA